UUGAUUUGCGGACCCCCAGAUGGACUUGUAACCUUUCCGGUUGUCAAGACUUCAGGAUAGACCCACCCACUGCCACCAUGGAGCAGAGAGAAGACCUCACCGAUCAUGAAGAUGUGAAGGAUUGUAUUAUUACAGGGUUGAAGGAGAUGUACCUUUCUGAAAGUCUUAGUGAUAUCGGCCUACAAACCGCAGAGAAACGUUUCCUGUGCCACAGGGUGGUCCUGGCCUCGGUCAGUCCUUACUUCAAAGGUCUCUUCAGUGGUCCCACAAAGGAGGCUGAGCUCAGGGAGGUUUGCCUGCCGGACGUCCCCUCUUCUAUCCUGCAGACCAUCCUGAACUACGUCUACACGGGGGAGGCUCGGCUCACGAUGGACAACGUGGAGGAGCUGUUUAUGGUGUCCAGCCGCCUGCAGAUCAGGGCCAUGCAAGAUCUGUGCAGCAGUUACCUUGUGAAGCGGCUGGACGAUGAAAACUGCCUUUGGAUUUACAGAUUGGCUCACAGUCACAAUCACGGGAUCUUCUUGGAAGGCACGUUGAACUACAUUGGUCGGAAUCUGAGCUCCCUAUCUGGAACAGAAGACUUUUUCCACUUGGAGAUCGGAGAACUGGUCAACGUUCUGUCUUCAGAUGACCUGAUGGUUUCCUCAGAACUCGCCGUCUAUGACCUCGCCCGCUCCUGGUGGGAAUUUCGCACCCAGAAGGACAACCCUCUUCCCCUAGAACUGUUGAAGGCCCUCCGACUACCACUUCUGAAUCCAGAGGAGCUGGAAAAGGUCAGCAAGGACCUACCCAGCGACGACUCCGUUCUCCAGCCUCCAAAAGAAAUUCGCUUGCGCCGGGGGAUGUUUGAGGAGAGAAUACUUUGCGUGGACACCAUCACAUUCGAAGAAACGGACCCGGAAGCCAACGAGGAUUACCACUUGAAUGCCUACGAUCCAACGACGGAGUCUUGGAUGAAGAUUCCCUUUUGCGGCUUUUUGGAAAAUGCCGGAAUUGCAUCUAUAGGAUGUUAUUUAUUUGUUUCGGGCGGGUUUAGACAAGAACGUCGUCCUUCCAACGCCCUGCACGUGUAUGAUUCUGAAUUAAAUGAAUGGAAAGAGCUCCCGCCUAUGACCCAUCCAAGAGCUUGCCAUGGCUUCCUAGCCUACAGGAACAUGCUUUACGCUUUCGGUGGACACAACAACCGCAGACUCCUAGACUCGAUGGAAUGCUUCAGCGUGUUGGACAAUACUUGGCGCAAUGUGGCGCACAUGCCCCUGGCGCUACAUAGCUUUGCUAGUGCGGUGCUGAAAGGAAAACUGUUCGCUAUAGGUGGGAUGAAUGGGAUUUGCGCAUACCGUUUGCACCAUAAGGGGUUCCAAUUUUACGACAUACUGACAGACACUUGGAGCCAGUUCUCUCUACCCGUGGUCUUUUCGGGUGCCGGAGCUGUGACGGUGGGCGACAAGUUGUACGUCAUUGCAGGUCACGACCCCAAACAUGGCGAUCAGGAGGCCUACGGACCGCCCAACGAAAAGACCAAAACCAUUUGUAGGAGCUUCUGCAUGGAUCACCUCGGGCGCAUUUGUGAUGGGGCUAUUCCGCCCGUCUUGGCAAGUCUUGCCGGCUCCGCGGUUCUACGCUGGAAGCACAGGAUUUAUAUCAUGGGAGGGGACGGUCCUGGCGCCAUGAGCCACUAUACAAUUUUCUACUGGAGCCCGGGUGAACCCAAGUGGACUAUGUGCAAGAAAAAGAUCCCUUUUCUGUUUGAUGGUUAUGGAGGCAUCACCCUGCAGAUUCCCCUGAAACAUCUCUCCGCCGUCAUUCCCUGCAGGAAGUCGGACUACCAUUUUAAACGUUCUGGUUAUGAAGAGGGGAACGGGUCGGAGGAGCGCGAGUCGGGACGAACCGGAGUAGAGAAAAUUGGAGAUAAGGAUUCUGCUGAAAAUGUGUACGUGGAGUGACCACCAACAAAGAAAACCCAACCGGAUGAAGAACCCGGACACGAAAGUUGUGUUAAAGUCUGAGCCUUUCACCUGAAAUAAGCACGCAGCAAAUAAAGUCGAAAUUGACCUGCAGGCUUGUUCCAAGUCAAAGACUCUGAAAAGGUUUAUUUCCGGGACUAAGAUCGAGAGGCGGCUCUUUAAUUAGGUGGUCGCCUAAUUUGAUUAAUCACCAGGAUGGCGUGCCACCACCUCUGGCACUGCCCUGUGUUAUUUGUUCCCUGCUGGGUUCCAGAUGUUAUAUUGGCUGCAUGUGGGUGAGGGGGUGCCCUAGAAGUGGUGCUGAUCACCUGUGUGUUAGAUCUGUGCCCCAUUUUGGAGAUGCGAGUGGGGGCCUCAUGUCAAAAUUUUGCCUAAAGCCUAGAGCUGCCUCUAAGAUCCGAUUCCAUCAUUUUUGAGGGAGGUACAUGGGCAACAUAAGACAUUCAGAUGUGGAAUUUAUCUAUAUUCGAUUUGUGUAUCAAUAAAAAUAAUAUUGCACGUAC